CGGGAGUGUAUCAGUGUGCACAUUGGCCAGGCCGGUGUACAGAUCGGCAACUCCUGCUGGGAGCUGUACUGUCUGGAGCAUGGCAUACAGCCCGAUGGACAGAUGCCCUCGGACAAAAGCAUUGGGUCUGCCGAUGAUUCUUUCAACACUUUCUUCAGUGAAACUGGCUCAGGCAAACACGUACCCCGUGCUGUCUUUGUUGACCUAGAGCCUACAGUUAUUGACGAGGUUCGCACUGGGACUUACAAGCAGCUGUUUCACCCCGAGCAGUUGAUGAGCGGCAAAGAAGAUGCUGCUAAUAAUUAUGCUCGUGGCCACUACACUAUUGGAAAGGAAAUCGUCGACCUAGUUCAGGAUCGAAUCCGGAAGCUGGCUGAGAUGUGUACUGGCUUGCAGGGCUUCCUUCUCUUCCACAGCUUCGGGGGCGGAACUGGGUCAGGCUUUACUUCGCUGCUCAUGGAAAAACUCAGCGUCGACUACGGCAAGAAAUCUAAACUGGAGUUUUCCAUAUACCCAGCACCUCAGGUGUCUACAGCUGUGGUGGAGCCAUACAACUCCAUUUUGACCACCCAUACAACCUUGGAGCACUCAGACUGCGCUUUUAUGGUAGAUAAUGAAGCAAUCUACGAUAUCUGUCGUCGCAACCUUGACAUCGGGCGGCCUUCUUACACAAACCUCAACCGUCUGAUUGGCCAGAUCGUGUCGUCGAUUACCGCAUCCCUCAGAUUUGACGGAGCCCUCAAUGUGGACCUGACUGAAUUCCAGACAAACUUAGUGCCCUACCCACGCAUUCACUUCCCACUGGCGACGUAUGCACCCGUCAUCUCUGCGGAGAAGGCGUACCAUGAGCAGUUGACCGUGGCGGAGAUAACCAACGCCUGCUUCGAACCUGCUAACCAGAUGGUGAAAUGUAACCCCAUGUUAGGAAAAUACAUGGCCUGCUGCCUGCUCUACCGUGGCGAUGUUGUGCCGAAAGAUGUCAACGUGGCCAUUGCAACCAUCAAGACCAAGAGGACCAUUCAGUUCGUUGACUGGUGUCCCACGGGCUUUAAGGUGGGUAUCAACUACCAGCCUCCAACUGUAGUGCCUGGUGGCGACCUGGCCAAGGUUCAACGUGCUGUUUGUAUGCUGAGCAACACCACCGCAGUGGCCGAGGCUUGGGCCAGACUGGAUCACAAGUUCGACCUCAUGUAUGCCAAACGGGCAUUUGUGCACUGGUAUGUCGGCGAAGGCAUGGAAGAAGGUGAAUUCGCCGAGGCACGCGAGGACCUAGCUGCCCUGGAGAAGGACUACGAAGAAGUUGGUGUAGACACCCUGGUGGAGAAUGAAGAAGCUGGAGAUGAUAUUUAG